AGAUCGAAAUGCCUGACUUACCAGAGGAUGAGGGAACAACAAAAAUUGGGGGUACGAUCAUUCGUGAUGGUACAUUAUUCAAUGAAAAAGAGGAAAAUCUAACAAAUAGCAUCUGGGAAGAUGAAGAUGCACGAAGUUUCUAUGAAUCUCUCAUUGAUCUGAAAACGCUUGUGCCUGGUGUACUUCUUGAAGCCAAAACUGGUAAAAAAGAUGAUGCCGAUGUAGACAAGGAUGAUCAUACUUCUAUCGGACAAGAUAAGGAUGAUAAGGAUGAUAAAGAUGAUAAAGAGGAUGAUGACAAAUUAAGCGAGGGUAAUCAAUCUGAUGACAACAAACAUAAAGCUACCCAAGAUACUAUUGUCGAGACGACAGAUAAGAUUGUGCUUUGCAACGAAGACCAAGAAGAUAAAGCAGAAUUAGAUGGGGAAAAAAUAAAUAUUCAAGCUGACAUUGACUCACCAACUAUCAAAAAGGAUAAUGAGACAAGCAAUAAAAGCGGUACUUCAGCUCAACUCGACUCACUUUUGUCUCGUCUCCCAAAUAUGGUUAAUCGCGACCUCAUUGAUCGAGCUGCCGUGGACUUUUGCUAUUUAAACUCCAAAGCAUCUAGAAAAAAGUUAAUAAAA